AUGCCAUGUGAGGUGGUCGGAGAGCAGCGCCGCCGGGUGGUGCGCGCCUGCAACAUGCUGACGAUGGCGGCGGAGCGCGGCCGCCAGCGGCUCGCGCCCUCGCACUUCGUGGCUGUCCGACUGGCCACCCAGCACGUGCAGAACCGGCUGGAGACGUUCAAGGACGGCUGCCGGCUCCACCUGACGCUGGCCCUGCUGACGCUGCUGAGCGAGCCGGAGCGGCGCCGCCUCUGUCAGACGCUCCAGCAGCACGCCGAUCAGCUGCGGAGUCUACUGGCGCCAUCCGGGCUCUCGCUGCGCGUGCGGGGGCUGGACAUCAUGAAUGACGACCCGGGGGAGACUCGCGUGGUGUUCGCGCGCGUCCAGGACGCGGACGGGGGCGACGGGAUGCAGCGACUGGCCGACCGCUGCAGGGAGCUGGCCGUAAGCACAGGCCUAGGUAAAAACGAGGACUACGACAGGGUGAAGCUACACUGCACCCUGAUGAACGUCAGCUUCCUGGUGCGGCAUGUGGACGAGUCGGACCCGGAGUACGCCAAGCUGCGCAAGGCCACGUUCGACGCCAGAGCGAUACUGGAGGAGCUGGGUCACUUUGACUUCGGCACGGUGCGCGUGGACAGCCUAGAGGUCGUGCAGCGCCACUCGACCGGCGAGGACGGGUUCUACCUGCCUAUCGGCGCUAUCAAACUCGCCGCUGGCUGACCCAACGCGGCCGCCCAGCCGUGCUGACGCGCGGCACGGCUGACGCGGGCGUACCGUGUGGGACGCGCGUGCUCGCCGGUCAUGCAACGUCUGGCGCAGGUGCGCCAUGUUUGACGCCCCUUAAUGUGAUUUUGACGGGGUUGGACUUGAUUUCUAACGCAGUUGUGCGAGGUUUGGUACAGGGGGACGGCGGCCGAUUUUGGCGCCGAUAGCGGAUCUGACGUGCCGUCUGCGCGGAUUGUGCAGAAGAUGCGUGCGUGCGCAGAAAAGCAUGCGCAUAAGCCGCUUACAGCGACACACAGGAAGUGCGUUGGUUUUCAAUGUUGCUUAGGCGUAUUGGGAUAAAUGGACGGUUUCCCAGUUUCACUGUAACUAAGCACACUGCCAAUGAGGAGGUCGUCUUCAUGGAUCAAUACAUUGAAUAUGGCGUCCAGGUUCGGGCGUGCUGUUCAGUGUAAAAAGA